GCCGGGGGGGCGGGGCCGAGCCGAGCGCACGGCUGGAUGGCAGCGCCCGCACGAGGCGCGGAGGCGGCGCUGGCGCACGGUAACUACAAACUGAUCAUUUAACUUGAUCAAGAAUCUUUCAGAGGAUUGAAGUUACUGGUCAGUAACUUCUUAAGUCUUCUGUCAACUUUUUUUUUCUUUUUAUAAAGAGAUCGGACAGCCUGGCUGAGACUACUUAGCGAUGACAAAACAUAAGCUUCUGUUUGAUGGGACACUUUCCUUGUUUAUGAUCGUGGCCUGUGAAGCUCAGCAGCUCCUGAGGAGUCAAGUUGCUGCUAGUUCUGGUCCUCAGUGUGAGAAGGAGGCAGAGUCUUGGGGAAACCUUUUCAGCAGCGAACGGCUGGAUGCCUGUAUCUGUUCCCUCAUCGGUUCAUUCAUGGUGGGGCUGAGUGGGGUCUUCCCCUUGCUGGUGAUUCCGCUUGAGACAGGAGCUGCUCUGCGGUCAGAAGCUGGAUCACAGCGUUUGAAGCAGUUGUUAAGUUUUGCAGUUGGUGGACUACUAGGGAAUGUUUUUCUGCACCUGCUUCCUGAAGCCUGGGCCUACACAUGCAGUGCAACGACAGGAGAAAGGCAGAGCUUUCAGCAGCAGAAGCUUCUGGGUCUCUGGGUGAUCAUUGGUUUCCUGACCUUCCUGGUGCUAGAGAAGAUCUUCCUAGAGAGAGAAGAGGAGCGCCCUGGUGUGGGCUUUGAUUCCAAAACACCAGCUGGAAAGAUUCACAAUGGAAGUGGCUACUCCCUGCCUAAGGUGGCAGGCCAAUCCCAAAGAGCAGGAACAGGUUCAACUCAGUGUAAUGGCUCCUCUCUCCAGUCUUAUCCAACAGAUAACAGAAUCAAGAUUAGCGGAUACCUCAAUUUGCUGGCUAACACCAUUGAUAACUUUACACACGGCUUGGCAGUAGCAGCCAGCUUCCUGGUCAGCAGAAAGGUUGGAUUCCUAACCACGAUGGCUAUUCUCCUGCAUGAAAUCCCACAUGAGGUUGGAGACUUUGCAAUCCUACUUCGGGCUGGCUUUGAUCGCUGGAGUGCUGCCAAAAUGCAGCUUUACACAGCUCUGGGGGGGAUUCUAGGAGCCUGCUUUGCAAUAUGUGCUCAGUCACCAAAAGGAGCAGGGGAAACAGUAGCCUGGAUCCUCCCUUUCACUUCUGGAGGAUUUCUGUAUAUUGCCUUGUUAAAUGUUGUGCCAGAUCUCCUAGAGGAAAAGAAUCCUUGGAACUCCCUGCAGCAAAUUCUGCUCUUGUGUACAGGCAUUACAGUCAUGGUGCUACUCUCGCUUACAACUGAGUGACCUCUGCGCAGACCUCACGAUGCCUCCCAGAGUCACCACAGUGACUCUGAGCUGUUAAAAAGCAAUAAGGAACACUAAUAUUACUUCCUAUGUGUAUGUGUGCAGAUCUGGCUGCUAGUAUGAGAAGCAGGUGAGAGAGAGAUCUGUGUAUGCAGGACUUCAUUCCCUGGCUUUCCUUUUUCCCCGUUUAGGUAAAAUCCACGCAUCAGGGCUUCUGAGUUUUCUUUGAGGUUUUUUGUUUGGUUGGUUUUGUUUUGUUUUUUUUUUAUUUUGUUUUUUUAUGGAACAAAACAUACAGUGAACAGAAAUGAACUGAACAACUGCUCCCCAGUGAAUUGAUAAUUUGGUUCAUUCUGAUGGAACUGCACCUCCCAGGCUCUCGUGUGAAAACAACAGAGGUGUUUCCUGUAGGUGAUGAAGAGGAAGGAGUUUUCCUACCACUCUAAGGGCUGGAGGCAGAACACCAUGGCACAGCAACAAUAUAACAGUUUUAGCCACAAUUCCCUACUUAUGAGAAGUUAUGGUGCUAUGACAUAGAAGGGACAAGACCCUUUCCAACUUGAUCUCCAGCUUUUCAUUGACAUCAGUUGUUCCUGAAGGUAGUAAGUCUCAGCAGUCCACCUCUUUGAUCUGUUUUGUAUUUGUUUAUAUUGAAAUCAAGCCAAAUUCUUGAGGCACUUUAGGAUGGGUAACUAAAAUUAAAUGGCUCAGCUUGAAGAUUACUCACCUCAGUCCUAACCACUUCAACAACCAGAACAGCCUAACUGUUUAUUUGAAAAAUGGUCAGUAAAUGUUUCUUCUUUUGCCAUGCUACCAGCUCACCUACAUCUGGAAGGAAAGCCGUGUAGCUGUUGUGACUGAGCUCUUUCUCCUUGUAACCUUUAGCUGAACACGGCUCUGAGUCUGCUCUCAAAACCCAGCUUCCCCACCAUCUGCCCCAUGUUUCAGAGCCCUCCUGAAGUGUAGCAUGUUAGCCCUGCCUGGCAUGCUAUUGCAGCCCUGGGCUGCCAUGGCAAAGGUUUGGGCAGUAGUUGGAUACUGCAGACUGGUCAGCAGCUGAAACCCUGGUUAGCUUUUCCUCUGUUCAGUGUAGACAGUUUAAAAGCAUGCUGUAACCAAAAAUACAGAUAGUAGCCUCUUUUGGGGCUUCUUACCUCACAGCGGAGUUAGCUUCUUACCUCACAGUGUUGGGGGUGAAUGGUUAAGAAAUAAUAGUGACAGACCUUAAAGGCAGGUGCACAGCAGCCGAGAGUACUGGAGGGAUGUUGAAAUGGAAAGGGCAGACCUGCUGUUCAAAAUGUUUUUUAAAAAUGCAUCUGGAAAAGCAUUGUGCUAAGUAAGGAGAGGAGGAGAUAUGAAAGGGUGACAAUAAGUAUGCUUUAAGAGGAGAUUUCUAUUGUGUGAUGGUUGGGAUAAAAUUGUUGGCUGUUUGAUACAAAUAAAUGACAUUUCUAGCACUUUUCCUGCAUCCCAGCUCACAGGGCUGACCAGGCCAUUGUUGGACAGGGAUAUGUUGUUGCCACAGAGGUGAGCACAGUUACUAGAGUAUCCCUUCUGCAGAGCUUAUCCUGGCUUUGCUUAAAUCUGGUCAAAAACUGGUCUAAUUGAACCAGACAGUCAUUGGAAACAAAACAGGUACCGCACUGUGAAUUACACCAACUCAACUCAUUUUUUUAACAGCUUUAGUAAACCAGUACAGCUCUCCAGUCUGCAGUGGGGCCUUCCUUAUCAAGAGGGUGAUUUGGGUCAGAACAAGGAGGCAGGUAUGUUGCCCACAGCAGAGGCAUUUACUUCCCUAAGAGAUUCCUGAACUGUUGACACAGUUCUUUUUUUAUGACAGCUCCUGUCCUACUUUUCAGAGAGCGCUGGAUGGAGAGCUCAGGCUUGCAGCUCUCUCUGCCCAGGAGCUGCUGUCUACAAUUUUUGUAGCUUUCCUUACCUUGGGCUUACAUCAGUAACUAGUUUCACUGAAACAAAGAGGAAGGCUUAGUCUGAUGUUGUUUCUUAUUUUAUUCCUCUUUACAAAGUUGCCUUCCUUUGCCAAUUGCUCCUUCUGUCAUUCAGUUGUCAGAAAAACUGAAGGUAGCAUCCAAUUCCUGCUUUCCUGGAAGGAGGAUUAAUCUGAUUAGCCUGCAGGGACUGGUGGAGUAUGCUAACCCGCCUUACUUUGGGGUGUUCUCUGCCACCCCUUCUCUAGGGACUGAAGUAGGGCUCUGGAGGAAAUGGCUUUACAUGGAAAAAUGUCUGCUGUUCUUGAGAUAUCUUUCUCAAAAUGAGGCUGGUAUUUAAGAUGGGACAGGUGAGUGCCCAUGAGUUGGCGUUGUUACAUCAGCACUGAGCCUUGCCAGGACUGAAAACCACAGUCGAGACUUUGUGCUUAACGUUUAGGAAUGCAAAGUGGAUGACAGUGAAGAAAGAAUUCCUGAAUUUUCUCAGUUGCUACCACAGGCCUGGAGAGUCUCUGUGGUUCUUGGGAAGAUACCCUGGUAGGAGUUUAGCACAGGGUUUGUGGGAGGGAGGAGCUUAUUAGUUUUCCACUAAGUCAGCCCUGGCGUUGUGGAUGGAGAGCCUUGGGAGAACAUGGAGCAACACUCCGCCACAUUUGUCACUUUCGGAAAUGCAGAGAGAAUUGUAUUUUCUAGCUCUAUUUUUUCAGCUGCUCUUAUGCAUUUUCCUGCUUCAUCUGUAUUGAUCUGCUCUGCAUGGAGACAAUAGAGAUGAAAUAAAUGGUUUUCUGUGUGGGUUUGUGGUUGUUUUUUUUUUUUAUGUUGAAGCUACAACUUGUCAUUGAAUUACAAAUUCAAAUUUUGUUGAAUUAGAGCUCGAGAAGUCUGGGCUCUGUCUUGCCCUUCUUCCUACUCCUCAGACUUUCACAAUUGAAAGAAAACUUUCUAAUGUGGUUUGCUGUGCAGUUCCUACUGCUGUGGCACCGUAGGCUGGGAGCAGUGUGGUCUGAUCAUAGUCCUUGCCUGCUAGUCUGGGUUCCCUGAAAAGCAUCACCAAGUGAGUUGCUCCUCUUUGAGCAGAGAGCUUGCGUGGUAACUGACUAUCCAGAGAGUUUUGCAACCGUACUUUGUUGUGUUCAGUGAUUUUUAUUUUUAUUUUUUUCAUUUUAAAUCGUCAAGGCCUAUGUGGUAUCAGCUGAUACUACAUCGGUUGUCUGCCAUGUGGGACAAAGUCACACGUGUCAUAGUGUGUAGGAAUUGCCCAGAAAGGAGUAAGGGGAUUUUCUCUACUCUUCAAAAACACAGUUCAGAGGAUGUCUUAUCCCAUUCUUUAAUUAAAAUAUUUUCAGCCUAUAAAUACUGAGUGGUAGAACAUGGCUCUCAGUUCUUACUGGAAGUCUUCUUUAAGAAGAAGGAAAACCAUAGCCCAAGAGCUGGAAGAAGAUGAAGGGGGGUAGGUGAUCAAGGGCAUGUUUUCAUAAUCUGGGGGAUUUGACAGCAAUGUGCACUUUGGAAUCUGUCCCUUUUUUUGUCAUAAUGCUGUCUCUGGUUGUGCUGGUACUGAGUCUCCCUCCACCAUCCUUUUUUCCUUCUCAAAAGCUAUUAAAAAUAACAUGGAUUAAUCAUCUGCCCUGGUUCGCAGGCUCUACAAAAGAGCGGCUCUAACACAGUUGCAGUAGCACUGAGAGGAGAAUAAUUGGAAAGAGUCUCGUACAUGGGAACUUCUAAGGUGAUGGUCUUGCCAAAACCCCUCUCUUCUGAAACUAUAGCCCAAGAAACAGAUGUUAAGAGUAGGAUUGCAGAGUUAGGAAACAUGAAUGUUUGGAUAUUUCCAGGAACGAGCUUUUACAAUUGAAGGAUUUUUUCCAUGUUAUCUAGAGCAGCGAUUGUAUUAGAAAAUUCUUUUGACAGUAGCCCUUUCAAUUUGUCUGCCUUGAAGGCACUAAUGUGCAGCUGCAUGGACGGUAAUCCCAUCUGUCCAGUGCGAACUGCUGAAGAGGAUCAUGCUGAAAUGCAGAUAAAACAAGCUUUCUCUGUGGUUGCUGCAUGUUUCCACCAGGCAUAGCGCUCUGGGGAGAGAUGUACUUCUCUGUUCUGGGCAGAGUCCCUGGCAGAAACGCUUGGGAGGGCAUUUAGGUUGUGCUCUAUGUGGAUGAAAGAGCAGGAAGUGACAAGGACAGCCGAAGGGAGGAUCAGAAUCUCUUUCAUUUGAACAGUUGCUCCUGGGAAACAAAGUACUUCUAACAAACAAAACUAAGGAUUUUAAAACUGGUCAUUAGAUUUAGACUUAUCGCUAUGCUAUCUAGUGAUAAGGUAGGGUGAGGGGUAGUGGUUUUAAGCUGAAAGAGGGGUGGUUUAGAUCAGAUAUUACGAAGAAUUUUUUUAGUGUGAGUGGUGAGGGACUGGAACAGAUUUCCCAGAGAAGUUCUGGGUGCCCCAUUUGUGGAGGUGUUUAAGGCAAGGUUGGAUGAGGCAUUGAGUAACCUGACCUAGUGGAACGUGUCCCUGCCCAUGGCAUGGCAUUGGAACUGGAUGAUCUUUAAGGUCCCUUCCAACCCAAACCAUUUUAUGAUUCUAUGAUCAUUUUAUCUGGAGGCCAGAACUGGAAAGCCAAUGCCCAAAACACUAGUGUAGGAGACUGGUUGUGCUG